AUGGAAGCGACACCUACGGUACAGCGGUACGACAAGCUGUCGCCAGGCUUUCCGAAGGCCAUUGAUGCCCUUGAAGACCUCUAUCGCUCCUCAGUCGUCUACACCGACGGCAACAACCCCGGUGCUCCGAGGCCCAUCAUCAGGGGCACUGUGGAUAUCAAUGGAUUCAGCCAGACUGACGCUCCCGCAAUGCUUGCGCAUCUCAUUGACAUCUACGAAAAGUCACUGGACGCGCAGCCAUCCACACCGCCCCUGUAUGGCUACGCAGAAGGGACGGCCGCCGACGAGCCACGCCAUGGCGCCCGUGUCACAUCUCUGGCCGAGGUUCCAUUCAACUCGGAUAACGGCGUCAGCCGUAGGGCAACCCUCGGCUUGAAGCAAGACGAUACGUAG